AUCUAUCUCAUAUAAACCAAAUCAUUUUCCAUAAUUACAACCCUAAAAUACCCUUUCACUCAAAAAAAAUAAUUAAAAUUAAUGGCUAGUGUUUUUAUAACAAAAAAGGUAAAUGUAUAUCCAAAAAUCAUGCAAAAAUCUACCAAAAUUAUGAAACUUUCUAAUUUAGAUAGGCAAUGUCCUACACUUAUGUAUUUGGUAUUUUUCUAUAAUCCUUCUCAUUAUAAUAAUUUUAGUAAUGAUUCUAUAUUUAGUAAGUUGGAAGGUUCCUUAGAGGAGACGCUAUCGAUAUGGUAUCCAGCAGCAGGAAGAUUAUGGAAAAACCCUAAUAAUGGUGAUAAGCUUGAUUUAUGGUGUAACAAUGGUGGUGUUGUUAUGGUUGAAGCUUUUACACAAACUAGGUUUUCAGAGCUUGGUAAUCUUUCUCAAUAUAAUAAGGUUUUUGAGAAUUUGGUUUAUAAACCUAAUUGCAAUGGGAAUUAUGAUAUUUCUGAGAUGCCUCUUCUUGUUGCUCAGGUCACUAAAUUUGGAUGUGGAGGCUACUCAAUUGGGAUAGGAACAAGCCAUGCACUUUUUGAUGGUCAAGCAAACUUCAAUUUUAUAUCAGCUUGGGCUUCCAAAACCCAUGGAAUCAAAAAGGAACUUGAAUGGCAUAAACCUUUGCAUGAAAGAGAAAGAUUCUUGAUGCUUAAUAACCAUAAUCAAACACCCAAAUUCAAGAUUAACAAUACUAAUAAUCAUCCAAAUGCUGAUGCAAUAAAAAAAGUUGCAGCAAUACAACAUUUAUAUCAGUUGAUUAUCCAAACAGCUCCUAAUAAUAACAUGAUUAAGAAUCCUCAGCUGCUUGUUCCUUCAACUCAAGAAGAUUGUGUUCUUAGCACUUUUCAUUUUAGUGGGGCCAUGAUUGAUGACUUGAAGAGAAGAGUUUAUGGGCUUAAUCACUUAUCUCCAUCAAUGUGUUCUUCCUUUGAGAUUGUCACUGCACAUCUGUGGAAGGCAAGAACAAAAGCACUAGGGCUAAGAAGAGAAAGAAUGGUAUGCCUACAAUUUGCAGUGGACACAAGAAGUAGACUAACACCCCAACUCUCUCAAGGCUUUAGUGGCAAUGCAUAUGUGUUAGCCUCAGUGGCUCUAACAGCCGGUGAACUCGAGCUUUCGAGCUACGAAAGUGUAGUAAGUAUGAUCAAAAUGGCCAAGAAUUGUGUGGAUAACGAGUACGUUAGCACGUAUAUCGAGGCACUCGAAGGGUCAGGGGAUGCUCUUCCACCCUUAAGAGAGCUUACCAUAGUCUCUGAUUGGACAAGAAUGCCAUUUCAUAAGGUUAAUUUCAUGCAACAUCCUUAUGCAAAUGGGUCUGUUUUUGUUUGCCCUUUAACUCCUCCUUUACCACAAGUUGCAUAUUUUAUGCAAAGUCCUAAAGAACACAAGGCUAUUGAUGUGAGGAUUGGAUUAAACCCACAAUUUCUCAAUGCUUUUUCUCAUUUUUUUCUUAAUUUUUCUUGAUUAUUUGUUCUUUUUAUGUCAAGAACAAAAUUUAGAGGGCUUUUUUUUUCUCUUUUUUGUAAUAUAUAAAUUGGGUGAAUGAAAUUGUUUGGGUUAUUAG